AUGAGCUCUCAAGCAGAUGGCGCUGUAAGCGAUACCAGCUCCCUCACUGACCGCACGAUACUAACGACGACCAGGCUCCUAGCAACCAAACUCCUCCCUAUGCGCCCAAGUAUCAAGGACUGGGCGAGACUCCCUCUAUCCUACCAGACGUCCCCGUCAACGCCGUCUUCCUCGCUCUUUUCGCCUCUGCCGCCGUGGCACACAUGACACUCUUUCAGAUCAACAUGCACAAGCGAGGGAAGAAGUUCGUCUUCAACGCCGCGAUAUUCGGUAUGUCUUCAAUGACUUGUCCUCAAGAUCUGGUCGCUGAUCACAUUCAGGCUUCUGCGUUACGAGAAUCGUCGCAACGACCCUCCGAAUCGCAUGGGCCCACCACCCACACAACAUCGCUCUCGGCAUGGCAGCGCAAAUCUUUGUCUACGCCGGAGUCAUCGUCCUCUUCAUCGCAAAUCUCUUCUUCGCCCAGCGAAUCGUCCGCGCACAACACCCUCGCUUUGGCUGGACGAAGCCUUUCUCAAUCUUGGUACCCCUCCUGCUCGGCAUUAUCGUCGGCACGAUCUUUGCCCUCAUCGCAGCGGUCAUUGCCCAAUUCUACGUCAAUACAACCUAUGCCCAACAAUGGACUCGCGACGUCCAAAUCUACGGCGCUACCUUCUACGGCUUCGCUGCUUUCCUCCCGAUACCGAUAAUACUCAUUUCCACGAUAGUGAAAUAUGCUCCAGCACACAGGGAUUGUCCAGUCGAUAAUUUCGGCUCCGGAGCCAUGAAAUGGAAAAUACUCCUCGUCCUCUUCACCUCUACUCUCCUUUCCUUCGGAGCUUGGUGGCGAGCUGGAACUGAGCUCUUGCCACCCACACACAUCCAGGAUCCGAAACCUUGGUAUUUUUCCAAGGCAGCUUUCUACGCUGUCGACUUUGGCAUCGAAAUUUUCGUUACUCUGUUUUACUUCUUCAUCCGGAUCGAUAUACUGUUCAUCAUCCCCAACGGCGCCCAUGGUCCCUUCUCCUACGGCAAUGGAUUCGUCUUCGCUGGCGAAUCGGGCGAGGAGAAAGGCUAUGGCAGAGGCAGGGGAGACAGCACCCGCAACCUCACCGGUGCACCUUCCUUCCGCGCCAGCACAAUUACGCUUCCGCCGCCGCGCUCAUCCAGAGCCGGUAGCUGGGGUUCCUUGGAAGGCUACAUGACACCCUCCACAAUAAAAUCCACCCAACGAGGCCACGUCUCGUGGGGCGGAGGGACGAUGUCAUCGGAAUACAACAACAGCGCCGUGGACUUGGGCAUGGAGAUGUCCACCCUCCCGCUCGAAGUCUGGGACUUCCACUUCCAUCAGGAAAACGCCGGCCUCGACCUACAACAUCCUCCCCUCGUGGCAGGCGCGGAGCACGAAUUGGGGUACAACAUGCACACGGGCAAAUGGGAACAGAGAUCCAUCAUGCGAAAUUCUUCGGACCGCAAUUUCGAGUUGCAAUUCAACCCCGCGGGGAAAUCCACCAAGAGUCGACGCGCGAGCUCGGCAAAGUCGACCAAGUCGCGGAGUCGCUGGACGUCGACGACCAUGGCGGACGCCGACGCGAUGCCGGAUCUGCACACCAUCAAGAACUUCUCCCGACCCGUCACGCGCGAUUACAUGGAAGAGAGGCCCUCGCGGCCGGUCACGCGGGAUUACAUGGAAGAGAGGCAUUCGGGGCCCGUUACGAGGGAUUUUAUGGAGGAGAGAUCUUCGAGACCUGUCACGCGGGAUUUCGUGGAGGCGAGGCGGAGUCGCGAUGAGGCGGCCGAGGUGCAAGCCUCCGGGGUCUCGAGCCUGCAUGAGGAAGAGAGGGAGCAGGCGGAAUCAGAGGGCGCCGGCGGCGUGCCCAGUCUCUACACCCGAGAAGCGAUUGAAUGA